AUGAGUUACCUGAAAGACAAUCACUGUGAGGAGGAGGAGGAGGAGGAGGAGGAGGAGGAGGAGGAGGAGGAGGAUCUGCAGCAGCUCAGUGAGGAGGAAGAGGAAACUCCAUCUGCAACAGAUUCACUCAAACUCAAAGACGUCUGUCAAACUCAAACUCCAGACUUUGACGCAUUUUUCUGUAAAGUGAAUGAAACUGAAAAACUCUCUGAAAAUUCAACUUUUCAAAGAAACUGAAUGAACGGCACCUGAAGAGGUUUGUCUCUUUGUUUAGAUUCAUCAAAAUAAAUGAAGCCCGGUCAGCGGACUGGUCCGAGUCCGCCGUCAGGAAUCGUUAGCCCACAUCUCUCCUUUCUGACACCCAGACGUUGAUCCUCAUUCCUGCUGCACGGACUCUGAGGUGAGAGCCAGCGAGGACGGAGAUACGGCGGAGGCGGUGAUAGGGCAGGUGAGCUGAGAGGAUGCCAAGCCCAGUGGUCAGCGGGUAACAGAGAGAGGGCGGCUGUCACAUCCUGCUGACUUAGCCAAGACAGAUGAGACAAUCAGCAACCCGAGGCCCGGACAGUUCUUCAGGAGUCUGAGAGCAGCUUUCCACAACAUCUCAGAGAAGCAACGAGGAAACCAGGACACGGGGAACGCUCUCCAGGUCCGAGAAACCUGA